AUGUUUCGGAGCAUCUUGGUGGUGCUUUUGACAGCAAUUUCCUACAUCCUUCCUGGCGCCGGCGCAAUCGAAGAGGUGGGUGUAGCAAGCUGCAUGUUCGGAACGGACUUCUUCACCCUCAGCUACACGAUCCGCUCGGGAGCGACGACUCUGUCUCGAUGCUUUGCCGACGCGGGAGAAAUGGAAAUGAGCCAGAGCGACGUGGUGUCGUACUCUUCUGGCAACAACAAGGGCUGGUUCGAUUACGAGCCCGGGGACGGUUAUCUGUACCGACAUUCAUUUAACAAGAGCAACACAAUUUUCAUACACGGCGUUGACACAACCUGGGGGCGUGUUGUCAAGAUACAUAUCGAUUAG